AUGACGGUUGGCUUUCUUGUUGGGCUUCUUGAUCCAAUGUUAGGCUUUGAUGUUCUACAAGUAGCAAUUUCUUAUGCAAUAUGCUCGGCUGUAUUUCGUUCCCGUUAUCUGGAAAAAGCAAUGCGUAUCGUUGAAGGUCAAGAAAACACUCUCCACAACCACCAGGUGACGAUGGGAAUCAUUGUGCUUCCGUUCAUUGCUUUGGUUUGCGGAGAAACGAGGGUCUUCAAUUGGAUGCCGACAAAUUUCAGUCAACUGUUUACGUGGCAGUCUUGGGGUACACUGGUAUCUGCUGGAACCAUCCCAUUUAUCAAGAACGUUGUGGCUAACAGAAUGAUUCGACGUACCGGACAAGCACCAUGGAGAAUUCUCGAAGCCAUCAGUAUGGUGCUCGUGUUCGUGAUCGGUGCAAGAUUUUGGGAUGCAACGUCAAUCGCAAGUAGCGUGGCGUUCAGCCUCGUUCUCGCUGGACGCGUUUUUGGGACUCUGGAUGUCCUUUCGAAGGACUCCAACGAAGGAGGAUUCACUCUUCGCAACGCUCAAGAUGAAAAUGUUCCAAGUUGCUCUAGUACAACUGCAGUUUAUACUGAGUUUACUGAAGGCCACGUGGACUCUCUUUUGUAG